AGAUUUCGGCUCCGAAAGUCUCAGUCUCAGCCUUUCGCCGCUUUUGAUACGUCCCCAUGGCCCCCUCGGAGCUCGCGUGGCAGACCGCGGGCCGGAACGGCUGCCGCUCCACGGCGCCGUGGCCCGCGAGCGGCGCCGGCGGCCUGGAGCUGCGCCCCCGGCCUCAGGCGCCCGGCUGCUCCUCGGCUUACCUCCGCGAGCUGCGGCCUGGGGCGGCGCCGAGGCACGUGGCGCAGGUCGGCUUCGACCCGCUCGGCCGCCGCCGGGUCACCGAGCAGCUUCCGAGCGGCCGAAUGCAGCGCCACGACCUCCCGGGCGGCGGUGCGGUGCGGCUGCGCUGGGAGAAGGCCGCGGGGUGGUGGAAGCUGUGGGUGGAGGAGGGCGCGGAGAGGCUGGUGCUGGAGGCGACCUUCGAAAGCCCCGAGCCGCAGUUGGAGCUGUAUUCAACAUAUGUGGACCGCUUCGAUUUCUCCUUGCUUCCCCCGCCUGAGAUCCAGUCGCGGCUUGAUGAGUCCACCCGCCAGGCAAUCAUGCGGGAGAAGCAGGACCUGCAGAAUCAGCUGGACGAGUCCAAGCGCCGCUAUGAGCUGUUGGCGAGGGAGAAGGCAGAGGAGACACAGAAAGCCGAGUCUGCGCAGCAUGAGAAAGAGGCUUUGCAGCAGAGGAUUGAGUCGCUGAUGGCAGAGCUCGAGACGGAGAAGGAGCAGAAGGAGAUCGCGCAGACCCUCCAGAAGCAGCUUGACGAGUUGGCGCAGGAGAAGGCGGAGGAGAUGAAGAAAGUUGAGGGCUUGCAGCAAGAGAACGAGAUUCUGCAGCAGAGGAUUGCGUUGCUGACCCAGAAGGCGCAGAAGUCGGAGCAAAUGACGCAACGCAUCUUGCACCUGAAGGAGCACUGCGAUGAUGUUCUGGCUUUCAGCCGCUCUGACGCUGAUCCUCAAGCUGAAGGCCCAAGCCUGGCCCUUGGCGGCUCAGGUGAAGUUCCGACUCCCAAGGAUGCCUCGGAUGUGUUCUCCGUCGUCGGAGAGUCAGAGCACUCGGACGCCAGCAGCCGCUCGGCCAAGUGCUUCUUGCCGAACACGGCGUUGCACGGCGUGGAUGGCCACCUGCUCCGAGUGGAGAAGUUGAAGAUCGGAGACCGCGUGCGGCUGCUGGACCACAGCGAAGCCGCCGUCGUGGGCAUGCACCUGCACCGCGCCAAGAAGAAGCCGUACGGCUUGGUGGAGCUCACGACGCGGCAAGGGCUGUCCACAGUGUCCAAGUCCCACCGCGUGGCGGUGCCUGCAGGCGAGUCUGAAGGCGAAGGUUGUGAGGCCGCGCGGGCAGAUCAGCUCAGCACCGGGGGGGUGGUCGUCGUGGGCGGGAAGAGCCAGAAGUUGACCAAGGUCGCCAGCCGCCAGGAGCGCACGAACUUGUACGAGGUGCGGCUGGAUCCCGACGGCCCGCUGGAAAUGCUCCACCUCCCGAGCUUCGGCCUGGCGACCUAUGGCUCGCUCGCCGAUCUGACGUCCAGCGCAAGUGCCAGCGGCGGGUUGGAGCCGGCGGGUGUGGAGACGGCUGGCGAAGCUGGCGAAGUUGAGGCCUAGAUUUGAUAUUUGAUUUGGAUCCCUGAGCUGUACAGAGCGG